AACAACACAAUAAUGGAUGAGUGUUUGCUUAUACCACAAUUACGAGUUCCACUGUGCUGGGGUAGCUCUGUCUGCCGGAAAUAAGAAAGAACGAUAGCGACGGAGAUGGAAAGUCCAUCAAGCAAUUCGAAAGAGGCUAUAUCCCUCCAGGACUUCGUUUUUCUAGACCUACGCGCAUGAAGCAAUGACGCGUUUCUGAUAGGGCCAUCAACGUUGCCCACUCAACGCGAUCCACACACGUUGCGCGUCGUUCGAGUACACAACGAGGAAGUCUACUUUCACAUUUGUUGUCCUUUUUGCAUUGCACAGCAUAUCAAAUACUAUUCUCAAGAACGGGUCUCGACAUAUCUCGUGCUUCUGCUCAAGGAAUAUUUGAAGACGAGAUCAACACACUUGACCAUGAAUGCGACCGCACCACUAACGCCUGGUCCAGGAUUCGGCCAAUCCUCGACUUCGGCUCAAGUUACUUGUGGGCUUGCGCCCAACUCCAUCACUCCUCAGUCCUUGACGAGCCCAACAAUGGAUCGCGCCGCCAGUAUGACUCCAUCAUCAGCUUCCACGCCUAUACCGGAACCAGUUGUGUUAUCUGAGCGCCAUAUCCAACAAGCACAGCCUGAUGAGCUGCGCACAAUCAUAUCGAGUCUCGUACCUCUCCUGCAAGAGGCUCGUACCGAUGCUGCACAUUACAAGUUGCAAUAUCACAUGCUUUCAAUCGAGAGCACUGAAGCGAUGGAACGAAUUCAGGUCGAAAUGGACAUGGCCGAACGCGAGACUGAACUUCUGAACACAAAUGAGCCCAUCGAACCACGUACGACCCAUGCGCGCCAGGAAGCCGAUCCAAGCAUUCGUCAUGUUCACGUCGAUGUAUGGAAUCUGAUGGCCCAGGAGAAAGAGAGUCUCAGGUCUCAAAACGCCCAGCUUGAACAACUUGUGUCUCAACAUAAGCGAAUGGUCAUACAACAGGAGAGCGAAAUUGCCACCUUGAACGACAGGAUUUCUUUAUAUCGCGAGCGACUUCGUGAGAAUCGAUCUCAUCUCAAUCGUUAUCGUCUUGCUGCCGGAUUUCUCGACUCGCCGCACAAGAGCCAAUCCACUCAAUCGACCCCUUGGGCCGGCCGCGAACGCGAUCAGCCGCCUUUUGCAGCUUUGUUGCAUGCUUCUGAUCUAAUUAGUGCAAGAAACUCUACAAGUCCUAGAACACCAAGACGUAGAAGAGCCGCUUCGAUAACUCCGAUGCCCUAUGAGACCCCUCAAACGCUGCAGUCUGCGCGUCAUACGCAAAUACCACAGACUGCUCCAUCUUUGCGUGGUCCCCAAUUCCAACCUUCAACGCCGCAACCACAUGCUUCAGCUAGACAUCAUACGACAAUGCUUGAACAUGUCUUGAUUGCAGACGAGAGCGAGGGCGAAAUUGAUGUCUUUGGUGGAAACCUUGGCCGUACUCCAGCAAUGCCUCAGACUCCUACACGUGUUCGCAGAACUUCACCCGGGAAAACCCCUUCAAACGUUCCUCGCCAGAUUUCGUCCAAUCUGAAUGAAAAGGCCAGUAUACAGCGCGAGAAUCCUCAUUGAAUUGCAG